AUGGAUUUCAUCAUAGGAUUGCCGAGGACAAUUAGAGGCUCGAAUUCUAUUUGGGUAAUUGUGGAUCAUCUCACCAAAUCAGCACACUUCUUGCCAGUUAAGACUGCACUUCCCAUGACACAGUAUGCAGAGUUAUAUAUUUGGGAGAUUGUCAGGUUGCAUGGGAUUCCAUUGUCAAUCGUAUCUGAUCGAGAUACUCGCUUUACAUCCACCUUCUGCAGGAGUCUUCACGCUUCAUUGGGGACGAAGCUACAGUUCAGCACCGCGUUUCAUCCCCAGACUGAUGGUCAGACAAAGAGAGAUGAGGUAGGUGAGAGGGCGGAGUUGGGUCUAGAAAUUGUUCAGCAGACGGAGGAUAUAGUGAGGAGGAUCAAAGAUAGAAUGAGGACUGCUCAGAGUCGACAAAAGAGUUAUGCAGAUUUGAGGAGGGACUUAGAGUUUGCUGUCGGGGACCAUGUUUUUGUGAAAGUAGCUCCUAUGAAGGGCGUGAUGAGAUUUGGAAAAAAGGGGAAGCUAGCGCCUAGAUACAUAGGAUCUUUCGAGAUCCUUAACCAAGUUGGGACUUUGGCUUAUCUUAUAGCUCUACCUCCAAGCCUAGCAGUAGUACACAAUGUCUUCCACAUCUCAAUGCUCUGGAAAUAA